CGCGGCACCGCCCCCUCCCCUGCCCGAGCGCCCGCUCGCGCGGCUCCCACAAUGCACCGUACAAUGGCCCGACCGCCGCCACUACCGGGGCCUGAGCGGGCCCGGCGGAGCCCGAGCGCGGCCCGGCCCGCAGUGCGGGGCCCCGAGCGCGGUGAAGAGAUUGUUUUCUGAAGCCUGCGUUGGAAGCUGUGACAGCAGAGAGCCUGUGUGAAGCCGAUGGGGAGGCUUUCUGAGUAACAUGGCCCUUCGCCAUUAGCCCUGCCAUGACCACAUUUUUCACCAGCGUCCCCCCCUGGAUUCAAGAUGCAAAGCAGGAGGAGGAAGUGGGCUGGAAAAUAGUCCCCAGGCCUCGGGGCCGGGAGGCAGAGAGUCAAGUGAAGUGCCAAUGUGAAAUCUCGGGGACACCCUUCUCAAAUGGGGAGAAGCUGAGGCCUCACAGCCUUCCCCAUCCAGAGCAGAGACCAUAUAGCUGCCCUCAGCUGCACUGUGGCAAGUCUUUUGCCUCCAAGUAUAAGCUGUAUAGGCACAUGGCUACCCACUCAGCCCAAAAACCACACCAGUGCAUGUACUGUGAUAAGAUGUUUCACCGCAAGGACCAUCUCCGGAACCACCUGCAGACCCACGACCCCAACAAAGAGGCUCUUCACUGUUCCGAGUGCGGUAAGAAUUACAAUACGAAGCUGGGCUACCGGCGCCAUCUGGCCAUGCAUGCCGCUAGCAACGGUGACCUCAGCUGUAAGGUGUGCCUGCAGACCUUUGAGAGUACCCAGGCCCUGCUAGAGCACCUGAAGGCCCACUCACGCCGGGUAGCAGGGGGUGCCAAGGAAAAGAAGCAUCCCUGUGACCACUGUGACCGGCGCUUCUAUACUCGUAAGGAUGUGCGGAGGCACCUGGUGGUGCACACAGGCCGAAAGGACUUCCUAUGCCAGUACUGUGCCCAGCGGUUUGGCCGCAAGGACCACCUGACACGGCAUGUCAAGAAGAGCCACUCGCAGGAGCUGCUCAAAAUUAAGACAGAGCCAGUGGACAUGUUAGGCCUACUCAGCUGCAGUUCCACAGUCAGUGUGAAGGAAGAGCUGAGCCCAGUGCUGUGCAUGGCCUCUCGGGACAUGAUGGGGGCCAAGGCCUUCCCUAGUAUGUUACCCAUGGGCAUGUAUGGCGCCCACAUCCCUCCCAUGCCCAGUGCAGGCAUGCCACACUCCCUGGUGCACAACACGCUGCCCAUGGGUAUGAGCUAUCCUCUGGAAUCUUCACCUAUCUCUUCUCCAGCUCAGCUUCCUCCAAAAUACCAGCUUGGAUCUACCUCAUACUUGCCCGACAAAUUGCCCAAAGUGGAGGUGGAUAGUUUUAUGGCGGAACUUCCUGGAAGCCUGUCUCUUUCAUCCGCAGAACCCCAGCCCGCCUCACCUCAGCCGGCGGCAGCUGCGGCCCUCCUAGAUGAAGCACUGCUCACCAAGAGCCCCGCCAACCUCUCUGAGGCCCUCUGCGCUGCUAAUGUGGACUUCUCCCACUUACUGGGCUUUCUUCCACUCAACCUGCCCUCGUGUAACCCUCCUGGGGCCACAGGAGGCCUGGUCAUGGGCUACUCCCAGGCUGAGGCACAGCCCCUGCUCACCACAUUGCAAGCUCAGCCUCAAGAUUCCCCGGGAUCUGGGGGACCUCUGAACUUUGGGCCUCUACACUCCUUGCCUCCUGUUUUCACCUCUGGCCUGAGCACCACCACCCUGCCUCGUUUCCACCAGGCAUUCCAGUAGCCCCCAAGGAGGCCCUCAGCUCAGUCUUGAACUCUGUCAGGGCGCUUCAGUACCCAUCCUAUCUGUAUCCCCCAUAAAGGCAGCUGAGCUUUCAGAGCUGGGUUCAAACAGAAAAAAUCCAGUAUCUGUAUGGAGCACUUGGUUUGGGGGCUCAGGCUCCAGGAUCAGUUCCAAGAGGAACUUUGAGCCCCAACCCCAUGAAAAGAUCACAUACUAUAGGACUUCAGGUAUUUUUACUUUUUUUUUUUUUUAUCUGAAUCGGGAGCCACACUUAGUCCUCUCUUUCUCCAAAGUGUCAGAACCUCAUUCUCUUUGGAGAAGGGGUGACCUGUUGGAGACACAGGGUUUCACUUUGGAUGACCUCGAGAAAAAUAGCCGAAGAAGCCGCCUUCUGGUCCCAACCUGCAGACCCCACACAGUUGGUCAGGCCCUGAUGACAGAGGGUCACUUGGCUCCAUCACCUGCUUCCAACCAGCGGGCAGGAGAGAAGGCCUCUAUUCUUCCCCAUCAUCCCAUCCCUCCUGUACCAGCACCUCCAUUUUCAGUCAGUGUUGUCCAGCAACGGUACUGUUUACACAGUCGCUUCAGACACACCAUUUCACCUCCCUUGCCGAGCUGUUAGCCUUACAAUGAUUGCAGUGAACAUUGUUUACACACCGUGAAUUCAUUCCCACCAGUCCAUUCCAGUUGGCACCAGCUGGAACCUUUUGGUACCUGGUGUUAACUGGAGCCCUGUUUACAAGGCGGAGUCAGGUCUCGCUGACUUCUCUUCACUUGAGGUCAUAUUUUUCCCCUGUGGGGAAAUAAACUGACUUUGGACUGCUUCAGUCUCUGCCAUCUUCCAUGACUGUAUCUGUUCCUGCCUUCCUCAGCAGUGUCUGCAGGAGACAGGCAAGAAGAUUGGAGCCGUUUUCUCACAGGUCUGCAAUUCUACUUUUCUCCAAGUAUACAUCAUGACCCCCUCAUUCUCCUCCUGAACUGGGGAGGGGAAGAAAUAAAAGGCAUGCCCACUUCCAUCACCUCCCCAUUCCCUAACCCCUACCCUGAGCAUCAUGAGCUGUUAUCAUGAGUCUUAGAAGGAGGGGCUUCGGUUCUAGGCUGGUGUGAAUAGCAACGGAGAGGGUGUGAACCCCUCAUUUGUCUCCUAACUGUCCCUUUUCCAGGAAGUUGUGGAACUGUAGGAAGAGGAGUUUUCAGAAAGUUAGGACUGGGCAGAUAGUUGAGUCCUAACUUAUGGGUGCAUCAUUGCUUCCCACACCAAACUUUUCUUACCCACAGUGUCCCUCCUCUCUCCUCUACUUUGCAGUUCCCUUGGACUCAGGGCCACUGUACAUAGGCUUUUCUGCUCUCCAUCAAAGAACUUCCACCUUCCUCUUGUGGCCCCCAUCAGCUUUGCCCCCAAUACUCAGCAAGAUUACUUGCAACAAAUGAUUAGUUCUUCUGACUUGUGGGGCUCUCUGCCACAGACAGCACAGCCCUUGCCCAUCCGAACCCCAUCCCUGCUUCAUCUCAGUUCUGCAUGGGCACUCUUCCCACUCAUGGAAGGGAGAUAGCUCAGGGACCACCAAUGUGGGACUCUCCUGAGAUACCUCCACUCUGAUUCAGAAACACACUUCUACCUCUUUACUGUUAACUCCUACAGAUGCAGCCAGCAGUUUCUGGGCACUUCUCAUGGCAGGUGCCUCGUGCUGGCUUCUCCACUAGGAUUUCAGGACAAACUACCGAGGAACUGCCUCAGCCUCCUCCCAGUCCUCCCCUUCUUCCCCUUCCAUCUAGAUAACUUAGGUCUAUCAUCAGAAACUGAGCAGGUCCAAGACCCAGGCUUCUGCUUCAGCCCAGGCCAGUACUCUUUGUUUGAGGUGAAAGCCUUAAAAUGUAGCUCUCUAGCCGUUGAUUGGAAGCAAUGUCGAGUGACUAAGCAUGUUUUGAUUUAGGCAGGGUAUCUUGGGAUACCUUUAAAAAAUAAAACCAGAUAUAAAUAUCUGGCAAGGUUGGAAUCAGACUAGGUAAUUUGCUUCUAAAAAUUAGUUUCAGUGAGUCCCAGGGACUGAUUAAGGUUUAUUUUAAAAAAAGCGUCCACCUUGGUACGCAGCCACCUCCUGCAUGCUGUGCAUGUUAUUGGGACUCGUAUUACAGGAAAUGGUAUGUGAGGAUCCAAGCAGGACUCGGUGCUGCCAUUCUCCUUGUCUCUGGUCUUCAUCACUAGACCCAGUAACCCUUUACCACCUUCCCUGCACCCUUCCUUUACAGAGGAAAACGGGCCUCUGGCCACAGAAUAUAGACUCAGGCUGUUAGGGGAGAACCCUCCUUUCUGCCUGCUCUUUCCUGUCCCUUCCUUGAAUCCUCUCCGCCAUUAGUGAUACUGGGAAACUCAUAGGACAGGCAGAGCAACUAUUUAAAACCUUGUAAUUGGAGCCUUGCCUCCUCCCCUUCUUUCCCUCCUGCUCCCUUUCCUCUUCCUCAGUGCCCUCACCACCUACAAGGAAUUUCCCUAUCACUGUGAACUUUGCAAAUGCAGAGGAACAUCUGCCUUUACUUUUUUUUUUUUUUUUUACCAUAGCCACCUAGCUGUUCCUUAAACCUUCCUUUCCAUAAUUUAAAAAAAAAAAAAAAAAAAAAAAGCCUUAUUGACCUGGUUGUUCAAAGGAUAAGAAUAGCUUUAUCCUACACUCAGUACCAAACCCACUUCAGUACCCUUACUGAGGCCAUGAAAGCCUGAGGGGUAUGUGGCAGAGACCAAACAGGGACCAGGAAAAAGGGGUAAUGCCCCCUUUCCCCACCAUCUCCUCGAACUUCUGUCAGCAAUGAGCUUCCCUGAUUGGGGCAGACACCUCCCACCCUGUACAGUAGCUGGUCACCGUUGAGUGCAGUCCUGGGGGCCAGAGGAUAGCAUGCCAACUCUGCCGGCACCAAGGAUCUGUGCACAUCUCAAAGAGGCGAGAGGGAAAGGAGCACCGAUGAGUUCCCACCCCCCAACCUUUUACAAAUGGCAUUUUGUUAAUGGAAAUCUAGAAAGCAGGUGUGAUUACUUUUUUUGCUCGUAGAUAUUGUCCUAAGUUGAAAUUCUCCUACUACCCUAAACUUUCCCCUAGUAGCCCUUUAAAUCCACCCCUUCUUUUUGGUAGUUGUUUUCUCCACCCCUCUUCUACCUCCCCUCUUUAUCUAGGAGCUGUUUGUAAACACGACUUUUUUUUAAAACAAUUUAUAUUGUACAGGAUCAAUAUUUUACUUCUAACAAGGAUAUUUAUGUAAUAAACUUUGCCUUAGGCAGGUGUUGGCCAGAAAAAUCCAGAUUCCUCUGGGACCCCAGCCUGGCCUCUCCUGGAACUCUGAACCUGCUGUGGAAGGAAUUGGCUGUGACCUUCACCACUGGAGAGUAGGGGCUGUGGCUGGGGAAGAGGGUGUUGUGGUUCUGACAGGAGAAGGAGUCACCAUAAUCUAGUGCCUCUGUUGAGGUGUUUGGAAGAAGUAUUCUAUUCCAGUUUCUUUAGAUAUAAGCUGAUUUUCUUAGCUGAUUCUCCCCAUGUGCACAUCUCCCGCUCUGAAUAUUCGGCACUAGAGCUCCUGAAACACCACUUCUCCUACGCCCCCUCCCUCCCAGUGGUCAAGGCUUUGGAGCCUCUCUUUCGUAAUGCCAGAUUAUUUAAAGAGAAAGAUACAAGACAAAAACCUUCUAGCACUUUGUAAACACAGUGAAUAACCUCUUGGAGUAUUUUUGGCUUUAUAUAAAACAAGGUUUUUAAUUGUAAAAUAUAAGUGCCAUUAGAAAAUGCACAGGGCAUAUCUUUGUUAAAGUAGAUUUUCAAUGUUUUACAGAAUUACAUUUUCAAAAAAAAGUUUUUAUAAUGAAGUUGUUUAUUAAAAACUUCUGAAUGAUG